GUAUCGGAGAGUACCCGUUCCGAGUGGAAAGCGCGUGUUGUACAACCGAAUCGCUCACAGCCAAUUUUGUUGGGUUUGUUUUCAUCGGGGCUAGCAGCGGUGAUCGUCGUAUCGCAACGGUGUGGAAGAAGUUGGAUGGAUGGCAAUCAAGGCAAACAGUGCAGAGUGGUGCCUUAUUUCGCGUAGUUGGAUUAUGUGGCGGAGUAGCGGCACACACGGGUGAUAUUUUCACCGCACGUUUCGAUAAUUGCUCAAACAACAAUAACAACAACGAUCAGAGGAGUUAACAGUGGUGAUAAAAACGAAGAGAAAAGAGAAAAAAGAAGAAACGCAGCGAGGUGGUUCGCAUCGCAAGUUUUGCAGUUUCUCGCGCUUCUCGUGGUCGUGUUGUCGUCGUUUUCGUCGCGAUUUUUGGUCGGGUAGUGUUUUCUUGCCGAAAAAGUAUCUCGCGGCUCAAGUGUUUUGCUUCUCCCCUGCUUCCCUGGUCGACCUCGCGGAUACACGAUGCAAUUAGCGCUGCCGCUGAUGAAAACCACUAGCCAGUGGCGAAGCAGCAGCAGCAGCACCAGCGUCAACUUUGUGCGACGAUCAGGCGACAGUCAUUAACGGGGUCCAAAUACGGUGAACAAGUGCGCGCGCGCGAAACGUGAGUGAAGAAGCUAGAAGAAUCAAAAAUAAUACAAAAUUUCCCUCGUGCCCGCGAACGCGAACACACGGGGCAUGACAACCGCUUCCGCGAUGCAUACCGACACGACAACGGCGGAUCCAGGAACAACGAUGACCACCGCCGCCACCAAAGUGGCAACCGGCAGUCGAAUCGGCCGGACCAAUAGAAGGAGAGUCAAGGAUUUUAAUGACAGCAUAACUUGUUCGCUAUGUACCGGCUACAUGAUUGAGGCUACCACCAUCAACGAUUGUUUACACACAUUUUGCCGGUCCUGCAUAGUGCGACACUUGGAGGGCAAUAAAUACUGUCCCAAAUGCAAAUCGUACAACAACAAAACGAUCACGGUGGCUAAUUUAAGGCCGGAUCGAAUUUUGCGAUCGCUGGUGUACAAACUGGUCCCGGGGUUGCACAAGUCAGAGAACCAACGGGCGGCCAAAUACUACGCCGAUCAAAGCAACGCCAGCCAAGAUGAGCAGAUAUCCGGCGGCAGUCGGAAACCCCCGGAACACAGCUAUCUGGAUGAUCAGAACUUUUUCUCACCGGAUGAAUUAAUCAAUCUAUCGCUGGAGUACCACUACGACUCGAUUGUGGACUACGACCCGAAGAAGCAGGAACUCCCGAUCACAUAUCUGUGCUGUCCGGCGGCGGUCACCAUCCACCAUCUGUACAAGUUCAUCCUCACCAAGAACGGGCUGCAGCUGGACAACGAACGCAUCCAGGUGGACAUCAUCUACGAGGAGGAGAUUCUGCCGCACGAGUUCACACUGAUGGAUGUGGCAUAUUGCUUCGACUACAAGCGGAGCUCCCUCAUGCGUCUCUACUAUCGGAUAUUCAUCCAUCCGACCACAAGCCCGACAGCAAAUACCGCAGCGUACAAAGUGGGCAGCGAUAAAAAUAGCAACGAAAACAAUAAAAAUAGCGGAGGCGAACGCGACGCUAAUAAUAGCACCGGCAGAAGCAGCGCGACCAACUUCAGUGAGCCGAACCAAGGUAGUGCGGCAUCAUCGUCGUCGUCGACGUCGUCAUCGUCAUCGUCCCCGUCGUCAUCGUCAAAGCCAACGUCAACGUCACCGAGCAAAACCGCCACAGCUGCCAGCGCCGGUGACACCGGUGACAAAGUUCCUACGAGCUCAACCGUGGCAACCAAAGAGGCUGACAGCCAGAUCAAAGUGAGCGCCGUGCAAGACGCUGUCAAACGUGUAAACAAUGAAGCGAACAUAGUGCCCACGGAACCAAGUGUGAAACCGUGUGCUCAACGUUCUGAGGCUAGUUGUUAUAGUAAAUACGAUAGCAAAUUGAUAAUCACGAAAAGUAACAAGUCAGACAAAGGAACAGGCGAAAAGAAGGAAAAAGAAUCGUUAAAGCUAGUGUUGGUCCCGAAGAAGAGUGAUAAAAGUGAUGUGAAGAUUGUUUAUUCAAAGAGUGAUGCUAAGGCAAGCAAAUCUCCUAAACAGAGCAGUUCGAGUGCAACGGUCAGCUUCGGUGAUUUCAAACGGCUUCGGAGCAAUGAUAUUCGAUAUAGCGAUUACGAAACGACUACGUCGUCGGUCGGUGUGGGCUCAUCCUCCCCGAAAGCGGUUGUACCUGCAAACGUCAAAAGUGGAACCGUUCCGGGUGAUGACUCGAAAAAACUCGAGUCACAAAACGCUAAAAAACACAAUAAAAUAAAUAAUGAUUAUAGCAUUCCCAGCGAUUCUAGCGGAAAAAAGUUCUCCGAAGACAAUAGUCGAAACAAAGUGUACGGGAAUGGGGCCACCACCAGCCAGGCUGGCAAUGAACUGGCCGCGACUCAGCCGGUAUGUGUAGCAAAAACCAAGCAUGAAAAAUUUAAAUCUUCAUCGCCACGGAGCGAAAGCAACGGUGCUCCGGUGGCGAUAACGGCUUCUAGUACUGGCACUGCUGUAGGUGAGAAGAAUGAAAAGAGUGAAAAGUCAUCCGAGUUGAAGUGUUAUGUAAAUUUGAAGAAGCAAAUGGUUGUUUCACCACUUUCCAGCAGUGCUGAAACGCUGCGAAAAGAGGUUCCUAAGUUGAAAAUUGAGCUACCUAGUCUGAAAACAAAAAUUACUAUCCCAAAACCGGAUAGUGAGAAAUCACCUAAAUCGGUUCAUUCAUCAUCGACGUCCUCUUCAGCUGCAACGUCUCCAACGACGUCUUCGUCCACGUCUGGCAAAUCUCCAAUAUGGCCAAAACCAGAUGACAGUGUCCGAUCUGGCGAUGUUCCCUCGAUAGACAUAGAAGAGUACGCCAAAACAAUUGGCCUGAAACCAGUCCACAAGAUUUGCACCAACGAUAGCGGGCAAAAGAAGAAGAAAAAGAGUUCAACCUCUACUUCUCCAGACCCAUCCUUCCACCGCAAGCGCAAGAAGGCAAAACACUCCAAAGAACCCGGUGGCAAGCGAAGAAAAUUACAUGCCGAAAUUUCAUCACAGCACGAUGAGAGUUUGAAAAUGAAGGUCAAACUCACCGAAAAACCAUCGAAACACGAACGCAAGCCGAGCGAGGAAGUACCGCCGCAUUCGUCGAAAGAGCCGACAAAACACAACGCGGAAGUUUCACCGUCAUCAUCUCUACCGGCACCACCACCACCUUCUCCGUCAACCUCGUCGUUGGCCUCCACUGUUCCUACUGCAGCAACAAUGCAGACAACACCGAAAGAGGAUAGCUCAAAGGUGAUUGACAUAACGAAGGGAGACGAUGAUGAUGAUGUGAAAAUUAUCGAGCAACCCACGACGGAAGUAUGGCCAAUGGCACCUCCAAAUGUCGCAGAAAAAUCGACCACGGUUGCGACGAGGGUAAACGAGCUGCCAAACUUACCGUCGCUUAGUGGAACGGACGGCUCUACCAAAGCAAAGAUUAAUGAGAUGCGAGCAAUUCGUCACAAACCGAUGGUUUACAUUCCAAAUCUCGAUAAGAACCUCUCCGACAACUCCCCCACAAUCAACAGUCUUAUUCAGAGCGUUCAAGCGAAAACCGGAUUUAUUGAUAAGGAUAAUGAUGUACAAAUUAUUUCAACAAGUAGGCUUGAAGGAAACCCACUUUCCGUGUCUAAAGUGCCAAUGCCUCCGUUGGUUCCUACUAAACCGAUUUCAACCGUGCCUAGCAUGAAACCUCCAGUGAUGAUCCCCACUACAACAAACAACCGAACGGUUUCCACUAAUAGCAUUCCAAAGCCUCAGCAGAGGGUGACGGCACAAUCACAAGUAUUUAGCCCUAGACAUACUCCAAGCUAUCCGUCGCUAACCUUCCACAGUACACCGAAGAAGGUCGUACCCUCAAACGCCAACAACAGUACAAAUAUGUGUCCGCCAAGAAAUGUGAAUCCCGCAUUUAAAAGGUCAAUCAGUGUCGACAACAACAAUGUCCCUCCAAAGACCCCGCGGGUAGAUUUGAUGGAACUGAACUCACAAAAUCAGUUCCUCAAAAAGCCAAUCUACGCUCCAAUGUUUAAUUUUGUAAAGGGAGCUAGUUUGGCGAAAAAUGGCAACCCCAACAGACUACCGACCUCCGCAAACGAUGUACCUUAUAAAUCGCCAAUCAGCUCCACCUACACAAAGGAGGUUAACACGAAAAAGCCUGUCCCAAGUCUACUACUACCUCCAUCGUCAAUAAGUGUUACCAAAAUGACAGACACCGUUCCGCAACCCAUACCUGUUGAUAAUCGCCCUGCGUUGGAAAUAGUCAGAAUACCAUCCAGUGCACCAGUAGCCGAUAAGCCUCAAAUGGCCUCGAAAACAACGUCCGCUACAACAAAAGCAACACGACCUCCACCACCCACCAUACCAUUGAUUAAAAUUAAAAAAUCCGCAUCCAUGCCGGAGCACCCGACGUCGCCGAUUUCACCCUCCAUUUUUCAAGUCACCAGUUCGAGCACAAACAGUUCUUCUAACCUGUCAACAACGUGCGCUACAAGUCAGGACUCUGGCGGUGCUCUAGAUCUGACGACACGUGCAAAUGACGAUUUGAUUAUCCUGGAAGGCAGUGACAGUUUGACGCCAAAAUUGAAUGGAAAUGAGUCCAAGUCGAGAGCGAACGUUGACAAACGGCCCGACAUUGAUAGCAGCCGAAUGGAAUUGAUCAAUUCACUCAUCCAAACAUCAGCUGCCUCUAUGAUCAAAGCCGGGUCAGGUGUGAUGGCUAAGCUGCACAGUAGCAUUCCUGGACUGAAGCUCCCACCAGAAAUGAUUGGGUUUGCCAUCAGCAAUAAUUCCAGUGCCAUCCCUAAGCUUGCCACCAGCAGUCCUUCAUCUAACUCGACGGUGACGACAACGGCGGCUGGAAAAUCGAUUCCGAUGCCCAAACUAGCCGAGAUCAAUCGAAAUCGUAACACCACAGUCCGUCAACUAAACCCAUCGGUUCGCAGCAUACCGAACCCAUCAGCACUGGCGUUUCGUAAUCAAACGAUUACGAUAGGUAGCACCUCCGCCAGCAUCUCACCGGCAGCAUCCUUCUCCGCAGUUGCAUCCUCACCCGGUUGUAGCAGCACGAUAACAUCUUUCUCACCCACGUCACCGAACGCGGCGGCGGUGGCAAGAAUCAUGAACGUAAACAUGAAAACAAACAUCGUGAAUGCAGGGACGGUGGUAGGGCAGAAAUCAAGUGUGAAUAAUAACGGCACCAACACGGGAGCCGAUUCAAUUCCGACUUCGCUGGCGAAAACGAAUACAAGCACGUUGGUUAGCGCCUGCGGUAGCGGCAAGACUACCACUACCAAUGGCAACGGUGCAUCGGCUGCAGUGUCAAAUUUUAAUGGGAAUAACAUCGGCAGCAGCGCCGGCAAAAACGAUAACGUGAGCUCAACCAGCAGCGCUGGUGUUGGUGGCAAAAAGACCAUCGAGAAAGUGGCAGCCGGACUGAAAGCGGCCGCGAACGCGGCGGCGGUGGUGGGGAAUGGGGCAAACGGUAGCCGCGUAAGUAGCAGCAGCAACGGGAAUGCCAACAGUGGCAUCAACAAAAACGGUGUAAACGUUGCCUAACAAACGAAUCAUGUUAUGCUCGACCGCAAUCACAAUCGAAGCUGUUGGUGAACGUGAUGAUCUGUUGACAAGAAACGACCAACGCUCAACAUCUUUCGAGCUGAACCUAUUUAUUGAAAUGGAAAUGUAGCAAGUUAGCGGGGCGAAGAUCAUCAGCGAAGACACAUGCGACGGGUACCCCACUAAUGGUACACGUGAUGAGUUUGAUUGACAGCCUGGUUGAUGGGUGGCUUACUGGGAGACGAGAAAAGGUGGACAAACUGUGACAAUGUCACAAGGAGUGUCAAAGCGACACGAAACAAAGUUGUUUACAUUUUUUGUUAUGAAAAUUAGUCAUUCACCGUCGUGUCGGAAUGCGUGUGAAAUUGCAGAAAACAGAAGUGUCAUUCCACAGCAGAUAGAUAGAAGUUAUUGCGUGUUGAAACCACAGAUCUUCAAAAACUAACUGAAAAGUUGAUUAUUCUUAAAUCGAACUGAACGCAAUAAUUGCAAUUCGAUAAACUGAAGCAAAACUAAGUUUCUUGCCACAAGGGUCAUUGUUUGCUUUUUAUAAAGCAUGGCUGGAGUUCAGAUCUGGAUUUGGCUAUCCUUAGUGGAUUCUGUCACUUGACAAGACAGAUGAUAUCGUUACCUCGCAAUCAUCUACGUCUACAAAAACGGUACAAAUUUUAUCAGCACGUUUAUACGUUCAAGCUAUGUAAUUAUUAAUUACAUAACAGUGUGAUUGUACUAAUUGGAACUGGAUUGCAUUCUUAGUAGAAAUGGAAUUCGUUUUGAAGAUUGAACCACAUAGAAUUGAAUUUGCGUUACUAGGGUAAAAUGACCUAUAGUGGACCGUCUGGUGCUACCCCAAAUGGCAUAAUGCAGUUUGGCAUAAUCUAGUUUAAUAGCUACACUGCCAAAAAUAUCUAUAUAAGAUAUAUGUGUCGCUGUUAUAAAUUUUUGCAAUAGCUCCACCCUAAUAUAAUCGAUAUAGAACCACACAUAAAUUAAAUAAUUGCUAACACGAGACCACACAUAAAGUUUAUUUGGAUAUAUAUAUUUUAUUAGUAGUUCGCGUGGAGAAUGGUUAUGUGUGCACUGAUAUGCAUCAUAAGUUAAAUCUAUGGAUUUUUGCCAAUAAAUAUGUGUGGAUUUUUAGUAGUGUAGGGGCCAUUUGGCAUAAAAACCAUUUAGCAUAUUAAAACAAAAUAGUCAUAAUGAUUUUAGGCCCAUGUUGUCAUAACGAGGCAAACGACCAUUUGGCAUAAAAGCUAAAAGAAUAAUAAAAACUUUAAGCAGAUGCAUUCUUUCCAAGAGUCAUCUGUCUUUUGCCUUAUUCUGAGCAUAAACGUGUUUAAGGAAUAUUUUUUUUUUGCUCAAUUCUGGUAGAAAUAAUCUACUAAUUUGCCUUAUUCCUGACAAAUGUCAUUUUUUUUAAAGAAGUUGUCAUUUACUCUUGCCAUUUUACGGGCAAAUGCGUACUUCGAAUGUAUGAAAGAUCUACCCAAAAAAAUGCGUGCGUUCUUCCGCGUUAAGAGGAGAAAUUGUGUGCUCUAAAAGAUGAAUCAUCUGCUCAUUCGUCUUAUUCCAAUCGUACGCGUAGAAAAGAAAUUUUAUACGCUUCGUCUUUUUCCGCGAAGAAGGGGUCAUCUACCCUUUUGCCUUAUUCCGGGCAAAUACAUACUUUUAAAGAAAUGGAAAUUGUAUUUCAUACGAUUAACUUUUACUUUGUGGGCAUUUUGUCAAAUGGUCUUUAUGCCAAACGGCUUACUGUAUUUUUACCGGGAAGGGUGAGUAGGGUACCGGUUCAAUCUGGAUUCCCGUCGUUUUGUAAUACUACUUUUGGCUAUUGGAACAAUAUUCACGUCCUUGGUUCAAAGUAAGUUUUGAAAUUUUGGUGCCCAAUGCCGCUGUUGUCAUCGCCGCUAGCUCAAGAAAAACUUGAAAAAGCUCUGAAUUCUUUCUUAGCAGACAUAUGGCAACAAAAAGGAUGAUAAAUGAGACGAAGUAGCAGAAAUAGGUUCGAUCAAUUGGUCCACGCCCUUACCAAUGGUUGCGGUUGCCCGAUCUUUUGCAUAAUUGGAUGGUUUCCGGCGGUGUUUACCAAGAACACAAACGUUACUGAAACUAAUCUUCCCCGGGUUGAAACAUACACCACAUUUUCGCGCACCAGAGUGGCCUAACGCUUUCACUGAUGUGACAGAGACGACGAAGCCACUAUAUCCAGAACGUAGAGGUUUCCUCGUAUACGUUUCGUUGCAAUAGUCGUGCCGACAUUAAAUGGCUUAAAUGGCUUCAAACCCUAAAUUUACUACAAAAUCAUAAGAAAAUUCGAAUUUGAGCUAAACCAUUUUAAAAUCAAUAUUUCAAGAACAAGUGAGGUUAUCAAAGUGCGUUGUUCAGUUGUAUAGGCGUUUUACAUUAUUGUUAACUAUCUCUCGUAAUAAUAAUGCGAAUAUAAUGCUCACUUAAGUCAUAAUCAACAUUGGCGAUCUUGCCCCACUUUACCUUAUGUCGACGUACUUCCGUUGCUUCAAGGUUUCUGUGUGCCUCCAAAUGUCUGGAGCGAAAAACGAUGACAGCAGCUCUCCGUCGGUGCGUGUGCACGCCACCGAGAUCGGACGAGAAGAGGCCGAGUCAUGGCUUGCUGUCCACCGAUUGACACGCUGAGGUGGUAAUAUAUAAUCACACGCUGAUGGUAACUUACUCAAACCCCACAUACCCCUUCUUCUCUCACAAAAAAAGAACAAAAAAUCCUUUAGCAUAGGACGAGUGAUUUUUUCUUCAAGUUCAUUUUCGUAAGACGAAGUUGUACGUUGAACAUGUUUCAUUUGAAAACUGAACUCCAAAAUAAGCUUGACUUAACCACGAUUUUAAAUUGCAGAACAACAAUACUGCCGUUCUACGCAUAAUUGUCCCAUGUUACCUUUGAUGAAAAACCUCAAACUCGAGUCAAUUUGUCCCACUGAAAAAAUGAAGUUGUUGUUUGAUGAUAAUAGAGACUGAAAACCGUUUGAAUAAGUAGUGAUUCAUUUUAUGUCCUGGAAAAGUUCUGCCUAUGCUCAUAACAUCCCAAAAAUAUUUGUUAAAUUUUAAGAUCUAAUCGAACCUGAAAUUUAGUGGGACAAAUUUACUCGAGUUUGGAUUUUUUCAUCAAAGGUAACAUGGGACAAUUAUGUGUAGAACGGCAGAAUAGAUCAUAGCAAUAAUCUAAGUAACUUAGUCCGCCCAAUAAAUCCAACUAUCAGCCUCGUGUAUAGCAACACCAUCAAACUGACCUUCAACAUGUCGAUGUUAAACUUCCGAACAACCGCCUAGAAAAUGAUUUAUUUAAAAAAGAUAGCGAUACCUCAAUUUUAGAUUUUUGGUAGAGUUUCCAUCCCGGGACAUCCCGGGACAAAAAAUCCUGGGAUUUAGGAAAAUUCGGGAUUUCCCGAUUCCCGGGAUAUUAUUUUUUGAAAUCCCGAAAAUCCCGGGAUUCCCGGGACAAACAAUACUGUUUCAUUUCCGGUUCGCAAACAGUGUAAUUUUUCUUAUUACAAAAGUUAUUUGUUUAGAACGCGAAACCCAAAUUAGGUGAUAAACUCAUAUCAUAUUUUUAUACCUCCCAUGAUUUUUUGAUUUGAGACAUGGUUUUUUU